GGUGGGGGUAGAGCCAGCGAGAGCACGAGCUUCAGAAGCAGACCCAAGCGACCAGGAGCAGUCCCUCAAGGUUGUCCCUGUGCAGGGGUCCUGCCCUUGGUGCCAACAUCUUAGCCCCUCCUCUUCAGGCCAAGGUCCGGGACUGCGGGCCUUGUUCCCGGGCCACCCUUUUGUCCGGUAAGGUCCAGGCAGGAAAAGCUGAGGGAAGUGAGGAACAGGCACUCCUCUCAUUGUCUUUGCCAGUCCAGAUGCUCUUCAUGACAGGAGAGCGUGGCCCCCCAUUCAAGAGCUCCAGGUUCCAGUGGCACCUCCUCUGCUCCUUGCAGAGGUGUUGGCUGGCAGACUGUUCUCCCAGGGCUACCAAUUGAAGGGCAACUGCUAAGUGCCAGCCACACUAUCAUGGGUAACCCAGAGGGCCGCUUCCAUUUUGCCAUUGACCGUGGUGGCACCUUCACUGAUGUCUUUGCCCAGUGCCCCGGAGGGCGUGUGCGAGUGUUGAAGCUGCUCUCAGAGGACCCUGCCAACUAUGCAGAUGCUCCAACAGAAGGCAUCCGCCGCAUCCUGGAGCAGGAAGGUGGCAUUGUGUUGCCCCGGGACCAGCCACUGGACACCAGUCGCAUUGCCAGCAUCCGCAUGGGCACUACUGUAGCCACCAAUGCCCUACUGGAGCGACAGGGGGAACGGGUGGCUCUGCUGGUGACUCAUGGUUUCCGAGACCUGCUACACAUCGGCACCCAGGCUCGCUCAGACCUCUUUGACCUGGCUGUGCCCAUGCCAGAAGUCCUGUAUGAAGAGGUACUGGAGGUGGAAGAGCGUGUCGUGCUAUACCGUGGCGAGCCAAGUACUGGGUCACCUGUCAAAGGUCGCACAGGGGACUUGCUAGAAGUGCAGCAGCCUGUGGACUUGGAGUCCCUGCGUGGGAAGCUGGAAGGGCUCCUGUCCCGGGGCAUCCGGAGCCUGGCCGUGGUGUUCAUGCACUCCUACACGUGGGCCCAGCAUGAGCAGCAGGUGGGCAUGCUGGCUCGGGAGCUGGGCUUCACGCAUGUGUCCCUUUCCUCGGAAACCAUGCCAAUGGUGCGCAUCGUUCCUCGGGGGCACACAGCCUGUGCAGAUGCCUAUCUUACACCCACCAUCCAGCGCUACAUUCAGAGCUUCCGCUGUGGCUUCCAGGGCCAGCUGAAGGACGUACAGGUACUCUUCAUGCGCUCUGAUGGAGGUUUGGCACCCAUGGAUGCUUUCAGCGGCUCCCGAGCUGUGCUCUCUGGACCUGCUGGAGGUGUGGUUGGUUAUUCAGCCACCACCUACCAGCUAGAGGGUGGUCAGCCUGUCAUCGGCUUUGACAUGGGAGGCACAUCCACGGAUGUGAGCCGCUAUGCUGGGGAAUUUGAGCAUGUCUUUGAGGCCAGCACAGCUGGUGUCACUCUCCAGGCUCCCCAGCUGGACAUCAACACAGUGGCAGCUGGGGGAGGUUCGCGCCUCUUCUUCAGGUCUGGCCUCUUUGUGGUUGGACCUGAGUCAGCAGGUGCCCAUCCAGGUCCUGCCUGCUACCGAAAAGGGGGCCCUGUGACAGUGACAGAUGCUAAUCUGGUCCUGGGUCGCCUGCUGCCUGCCUCCUUCCCUUGUAUUUUUGGGCCGGGAGAGGACCAGCCACUGUCUCCUGAAGCUUCCCGAAAGGCCCUGGAGAAUGUGGCUACUGAGGUCAACAUAUUCCUGACCAAUGGGCCCUGUCCGGCCUCCCCGCUGAGCCUAGAGGAGGUGGCCAUGGGGUUUGUGCGUGUGGCCAACGAGGCCAUGUGCCGGCCCAUCCGCGCUCUCACACAGGCACGAGGCCAUGACCCCUCAGCCCAUGUUCUGGCUUGCUUUGGGGGAGCUGGUGGGCAGCAUGCUUGCGCCAUUGCCCGGGCCCUGGGCAUGGACACUGUGCACAUUCACAGACACAGUGGGCUGCUGUCAGCAUUGGGGCUGGCCCUGGCAGAUGUGGUGCACGAGGCACAGGAGCCCUGCUCCCUACCUUAUAUACCUGAGACUUUUGUGCAGCUGGACCAGAGGCUGAGUCGCCUGGAAGAGCAGUGUGUGGAUGCCCUGCAGGCCCAGGGCUUCCCCAGGUCCCAGAUUAGCACUGAGAGCUUUUUGCACCUGCGCUACCAGGGCACAGACUGUGCCCUGAUGGUAUCUGCUCAUCAGCAUCCAGCCACAGCCCACUCGCCUCGGGCUGGUGACUUUGGGGCAGCCUUUGUGGAAAGGUACAUGAGAGAAUUUGGCUUUGUUAUCCCUGAGCGACCUGUGGUGGUUGACAAUGUGCGAGUGAGGGGCACUGGCCGCAGUGGUCUUCAGCUGGCAGAUUCUCCCAAAGCUCAGACUGGCCCUCCAAGAGUGGACAAGGUGACCCAGUGCUACUUUGAGGGAGGUUACCAGGAGACACCUGUAUACCUGCUAGGAGAGUUGAGCUGUGGGCAUCAGCUUCAGGGGCCCUGCCUCAUCAUUGACAACAACAGUACUAUCCUUGUGGAGCCAGGUUGCCAGGCAGAGAUGAUUAAGACAGGGGAUAUCCGCAUCUCUGUGGGGGCUGAGGCCCCCAGUACAGUGGGCACCAAGCUUGACCCCAUCCAGCUGUCCAUUUUCUCACACCGCUUCAUGAGCAUUGCUGAACAGAUGGGCCGCAUCCUGCAGCGUACAGCCAUUUCUACCAACAUCAAAGAACGCCUUGACUUCUCCUGUGCCCUUUUUGGGCCUGAUGGGGGGUUGGUCUCUAAUGCCCCCCACAUCCCUGUGCAUCUGGGAGCCAUGCAGGAGACCGUUCAGUUUCAGGUACAUUGCCCCCCUACUAUCCCUUCCCCUGCUUCCCCUUCCCCACUGCACCUACCUCCUGGUUUUCAGAUCAAGCAUUUGGGGGCUGACCUCCACCCUGGUGAUGUGCUACUAAGCAACCACCCCAGUGCAGGGGGCAGCCAUCUUCCAGACCUAACAGUCAUCACGCCGGUGUUUUGGGCAGCUCAGACACGGCCUGUGUUCUAUGUGGCCAGCCGAGGGCACCACGCGGACAUUGGGGGCAUUACCCCAGGCUCCAUGCCUCCCCACUCCACCACACUUCAACAGGAGGGUGCUGUCUUUCUGUCAUUUAAGCUGGUCCAAGGGGGUGUCUUCCAGGAGCAGGCGGUGACAGAGGCCUUGCGGGCACCAGGCAAGAUCUCUGGCUGUAGUGGAACUAGGAACCUGCAUGACAACCUGUCGGAUCUCCGUGCCCAAGUGGCAGCCAAUCAAAAGGGCAUCCAGUUGGUGGGGGAGCUCAUUGGGCAGUAUGGUCUGGAAGUGGUGCAGGCCUACAUGGGCCAUAUUCAGGAAAAUGCUGAGUUGGCAGUCCGUGACAUGCUUCGGGCCUUUGGGACCUCCCGGCAAGUCCAGGGCCUGCCCCUGGAGGUGUCUGCGGAGGACCACAUGGAUGAUGGCUCCCCCAUCCGCCUCCGUGUACAGAUCAACCUGAGUCAGGGCAGUGCAGUAUUUGACUUCAGUGGCACUGGGCCUGAAGUGUUUGGCAACCUCAAUGCCCCUCGGGCCAUAACGCUGUCUGCCCUUAUCUACUGUUUGCGUUGUCUUGUAGGCCGUGACAUCCCACUCAACCAGGGCUGCCUGGCUCCUGUGCAUGUGGUGAUUCCUAGAGGCUCCAUCCUGGACCCAUCUCCAGAGGCUGCAGUAGUGGGUGGCAAUGUUCUCACAUCACAGCGUGUGGUGGACGUCAUUUUGGGGGCCUUUGGGGCCUGUGCAGCCUCUCAGGGUUGCAUGAACAACGUGACCCUCGGCAAUGCCCACAUGGGCUACUAUGAGACAGUGGCUGGAGGUGCAGGUGCAGGACCUGGCUGGCAUGGGCGCAGCGGUGUGCAUAGCCAUAUGACCAACACACGUAUCACUGACCCUGAGAUCCUGGAGAGCCGGUACCCAGUCAUCCUGCGGCGCUUUGAGCUGAGGCCAGACUCUGGGGGUCAAGGCCGCUUCCGUGGUGGUGAUGGUGUAGUUCGUGAGCUGCUCUUUCGUGAGGAAGCCCUGUUGUCUGUGUUGACUGAGCGCCGUGCGUUCAGACCCUAUGGCCUCUAUGGAGGUAAGCCAGGUGCCAGUGGCCUAAACCUACUGAUCCGCAAGGAUGGGCGCACAGUAAAUCUGGGUGCAAAGACAUCGGUGACUGUGUACCCUGGGGAUGUAUUUUGCCUUCAUACUCCUGGUGGCGGGGGCUAUGGAGAUCCAGAAGACCCUGCCCCACCUCCCGGCUCGCCCCCACAAUUCCCAGCCUUCUCUGAACGUGGCAGUGUCUAUGAGUACCGCCGGGCCCAGGAGGCUGUAUGAAAGGCCCCACAAUAAAGAUUUCCUUAAGUCUGCCA